ACGUGUUCCGUCGACAAGGGCGUUUAAUUUACUGCAAGGACGGUUUUGCACGGGGGCGGACACAACUCCGGGCUGACAAAAUUGCGUUUAUGCAGCAGCGUCCGGGCGGACACGAUUGCAAAUGCAAAACCGUCCGGCGGACAUUAUUGCAUAUGUAAUAAUGUCCUCCGGAUAGUAUUGCAUAGAGGACAUAGAUGCAUGCGACACCGGAAAAAGGUGUAUUAUACAAUGCUACAUACUGAGGCAAAGUGUUCAUUCAUCGCAAACAUACCUCGCAUUUUAUUUUGAGUGUACAUACAGUCACUUUGUACUGUAGUUGACAGACUGUUUUCAAAGGGUGUGUAACGUCACGCAUGAUCGAAUCUAUUGUUAUCGAACACGUUUCAUCACUAUAAGGUAUGCGUGUGUAGACAGCUCCCAACUACACUAGUGCAGUGUUCGCAAACAACACAAAAUGUCAUACUCGAAAACACAAUUAAAUGAUUUUCAAACAAAGUUUGCAUUAUACGACAAGCGAGGAGAUGGAAAUAUCGGUCCCGAUGAGUUAGGAGAUGCACUGCGGGCCUGUGGGCUCAAUCCAUCGGCAGCGGAAGUGGACGCAAUCUCCAAAGGAUUCGCUGGAAAACGCCUUUCGUUUGACGAGUUCUUGCCCCUGCACGCUUCUCUGCUCUCGACGGCACAGACCAAAGGAACAGCAACAGAGUUCACCGAAGGCUUACAGAUGCUUGAUCGGGAUCGGAAUAAUCUGGUUCCCGCCUCGGAACUACGCCAUGUACUCACUAGUUUAGGAGAACAAAUGACAGAGGAAGAGGUUGACAAAUUACUGAAGUCUUUUACAGACGCAAAAGGAAUGGUGAAUUAUCCAGAGUUCGUCAAACGAAUAAUGUCCGGUUAGACAACCAUCGACGACAGAGGGGGCCUCGGAAAUUGAGACACAGUCCGACCCGGAGGGGUGCACCACAACAAAUAAACUACCUUAGCAAAAAGGGCUUUAAAAAAUAUAUUAAAGUCUCUCAGCCUUUUGAAAACAAAACGAAUAUGAUUCCGUACAACUACACUUCAGAUUUCUUACAAUUUUUAGCGGUCAGCCGUUUGGAAUGUUUUGCUAAUUACACCAGAAAAACACAUAGAAAUAAUGUGCUUUCUCCCAAAAUGACUUGAAGUCAGUUUUCGUGAAGCACUUAUCCACUUUUAAAGAAUAAAUUUAUCGAAGUGUCCUCAAAAGUUGAAGCACAGAGCCCCAGUUUGUGAUAAGUUGUUACCAUUACACAAUUAUGCACGACCUAAAACGUUAUUAUUUAAAAGAAUUUGAGUGUCUAAAAUCAUUUGCGAUAACAAGUUUGGCGCAUGAAUUUGUGCCUAUGUGGUGCAUCCUGAGGCAGACCAAUGCGUGACUGUGCCAGUGCAAGAACACCUCGUCACCAACGUUCCCCAUUCUGAUUGAUACCAAGUAGGCCCCUCGCUUCGUGCACCAGCAUGUCUUCCAGAGCCACUUAUAUAGCAAUAUUUUUAUAAUUUAAAUAGUUUUAACGAAGCAUAACUUUUCAGAUUCAUAAUUUGGUAAACAAAUGUAGAUAAUGUAUCUCUAUAGAAAAAAACACCCAUAAAGACUAAGAUGUAAUUAAACGAAAGCGAUACCAACAUGCCGACUAAAAUACAAUGAUGAAGUUUCAUUGAACUAUUGUGAUUGUAAUAGGUUUUUUGGAACUUAUAUAAAAGGUAUAGAGUUAAGGUUUGUGACAAAUAUUGAGCACUUUGACGUAAUUAUUUGAACGACUUAGAAUCCCAACAUAAAAUAUUAAUAAUAAAAUAACAUCUGACUAAUUAAAAUACAAUUUUGAAUAUAGUCGUUUGUGCCGUUUAAAUAUAAUUCUAUUAUAAAGUUGUACGGGCAACUUCAUAUGAUUUAGUUAUAAAGAACUAUUGUGAUUGUACAGUUUUUUUUUAAACUUAUAUGAAAGGUAUAGAGUAAAGGUAUGUGACAAAUAUUCAGCAGUUUGACGUAUUUUAACGACUUUAGAACCCCAACAUAAAAUAAUAAUAAUAAUAAAAUAACAUCUGAA